UAUUUUAACUUGUAUGCAUGAAAGACGGUGUAAAAGUCUUUCAGGACGGCACUCGGGUUUCCACGACAUAACAUUUAACGCAAAUGUAACUUUUUCUUAGUUUUACACCGCGUUAAGUUAGUAUAAAAGUAAUGGUUACAAAGCUCAGCUGAGCUUCAUUUGCCAGCCAAGCUAUCUUAACGUUUGCUAAAUUUAGCUUUGCUGUUUUGUUGUGACUGUUGCAAUGGGUGGCUGCUCAGCUCCAAACUGCUCCAAUUCAACCAGCAUAGGUAAACAGCUGUUCAGAUUCCCCAAAGACCCUGACCGUAAGAAGAAGUGGGUUGUGAACUGUCGACGUGACUUCGAGCCAACUCCUCACUCCAGACUCUGCCAGGACCAUUUUGAGCAGAGCCAGUUUGAGGAGAUAGCGAGGUCUCCAACAGGGGGAAAGAAGCUGAAGCCCAAUGCCAUCCCCACUCUGUUCAGUGGAGACCCUACUUACCCUGCUGUCACUUCUCCAUACAUCUUGCUGUCCAUGAAACCUGAACCAGGACAUUGCUCUGUGUCUGCAGUGGAGAAGGAGCUGAAUUUCGGGGAUCAUGGAUAUGCCAGACGCACCCCUCUGGCCGGCCUGGAGGAGGAGGAUGCAGACAGGACCUCUGAGGACCGGCAGCCCUGCACACAGUGUCAACUCCUCAAGAAACAGCUGGAGCAGGAGAUGCAGCACACUGCAAGGCUACAGAAGGAGGCAGAGGAGAUGAAGAAACGUCUAUAUCGACUCGACCGGAUCGAGAAGGGUCUCCAGAACUUUCUGUAUGAGGACCAGAUUCGUGCCCUCUCCCUCACCAAACGCUCCCGACGUGCCGUCUGGUCUCCAGAGACCAUCAUGAAGGCCCGAAAAAUACGCUGUGCAGUUGGCACAAAAGGCUACGAGUACUUGAGGGAGCUGGGAUACCCUUUGCCCUCCUACAGGACUCUGUGUAACCGCCUGGAGACUAAGAUCAUGAUGACGACUGACAUGAGCUGUGAGGAGCUGGCAGAGCUGGGCCUGGGGCUCAUGGCCACUUGUGACAGUCCCACAGAGGGUGUUGGGGACAAUGAUGAGGAGGAACUGAUUGGUGUUUUGUCCUGAUCGUGGCAGCUUGCGUGAAUUACUGACUCUAACCAAGGGAAGAAUGUGCAGAGUUUGCCGUGUUGCACGUCUGCAGAUGUUGACUUCAAGUAACGAUGGGAAGAUGAAGAAAGACUUGAGCAUCAAUGUAAAUGUAUGCUUCGCUUGACAGAGAUUGUGAGUCUACUCAUUUGCAUUGUCACCAGGUUGUGCUUGGGAUCUGCACCAAUAAGACAUGGCUCCACUGUUGUGAGAUGCUGGGGCUUGCAGUUAGUCUAGCUUUGUGUAUGGUGUUUCUUAGCCUGAAGAUGCUCUACUACAGUAUGUGCUGCAACAUGUGAGGAGACGUUCGAUGUAGUCUGUGACAAAGUGGACUACCAUAGUGUGGCAUUGUGUGGAAAGUGUAGAAAUAAUUUGCACAAAGAAUUUUCUGCUUGUGUUUAAAGCUGUUUUAAGAAGUUCGUGUGACGGUGUUAGCUCGCACAAUAAAACCCUGGUAGUAUUUGAUAUACUCAAAUGUAGAGCAGUUAAGCUCAUCUUUGGUUAGGUAGCUUGAGUAUUCGGAUAGUACGAGGGCUACUGUGGCAUGCAAAUAUGUUACACUGUAAAAAGUUUCCUGUACAUUAUGCAAGCUUUAUUUUUUGUUAAAAUUCACCCAGAAUAUUUAUCAUGUGAUGGUUUGUGUAUGUGUAAAACAGUAGUACACAACUGGGAUAGUGGGUCUGGGAAGUGGUCUGUAACCAUGCUGUUUGAAAUAACUAUUACAAAUCACGCAAUUGCGGUCAUCAAAAUUAGAAUAUCAAUUUUUAAUUCAUGUAACCUAUUUAUAUCACAUUUGGGGAAACAUUGCAUUCAGUUUUUCCAGAAGGUCCCAAAUCUUCUGUCACUGACAAAUUAUAUAAAAGAGCACAAAGGAAUAAAAGUAAACCCUCCAUUGGUUAAUAACUACCAGUAGUGUAAUUCUACACUAGAUACUGUAAAUUUCCUUUUGUUGGACAUUUGACUCUUUGCCCUGUCUUGAAGUGUUCACAUUUGCAGUGCAGUUGUAGUUAGUACGAAAGGGUAUCAAGAAAAGCUUGCUCUACUCAGCAAGUCACAUGAUAUCCAGUAUACAAAACACUGGUGCUGUGAGAAAAUAAAAUAAUUAUAAAGAA